CGGAACCGCGCGGGGAGGGCUCCCUGCGGGGGGAGGGCUCCCUGCGGACGGCGGGGUUCCUGGUGCCGCUGCGGGAGGCUGGUGGCCUGGGGUCUAGCCCCAGAGCUGCCUUGAACUUGCGUGACCCUUACCCACUUCUCUUGGAGCUGGGGGGAGCGAUUCAGCUAACUCAUUUGCAAAAUGGGGCGAAUGGUUGCUGAUCGCUUGAUGGAUUGGUUGAUUGGUUCGUUCAUUCCAGGUGCUUUACAAGGUUUUGUUUGCUAGAGAUGCACAGACAGAACCUGCCCAUUGUGGGGUCCCAAGUCUCGUGAGAAAAGCCCCGCCUCAUGCAAAUCCCUAAGAGAAGAUGACUGUGUUCUUUAAAACACUUCGAAAUCAUUGGAAAAAAACUACAGCUGGGAUCUGCCUGAUGACAUGGGGAGGCCACUGGCUCUAUGGAAAACACUGUGAUAACCUACUAAGGAGAGCAGCCUGUCAAGAAGCUCAGGUGUUUGGCAGUCAACUUAUUCCUCCCAAUGCACAAGUGAAGAAGGCAACCGUCUUUCUCAAUCCUGCCGCUUGCAAAGGCAAAGCCAGGACUCUAUUUGAAAAAAAUGCUGCCCCGAUUUUACACUUAUCUGGCAUGGAUGUGACUAUCGUUAAGACAGAUUAUGAGGGCCAAGCCAAGAAGCUCCUGGAACUGCUGGAAAACACAGAUGUGAUCAUUGUUGCUGGAGGAGAUGGGACUUUGCAGGAGGUUGUAACUGGAGUUCUUCGAAGAGCAGAUGAGGCUACCUUCAGUAAGAUUCCCAUUGGAUUUAUCCCACUGGGCCAGACCAGUAGUUUGAGUCAGACACUCUUUGCCGAAAGUGGAAACAAAGUCCAACAUAUUACAGAUGCUACACUUGCCAUUGUGAAAGGAGAGACAGUUCCACUUGAUGUCUUGCAGAUCAAGGGUGAAAAGGAACAGCCAGUGUUUGCACUGACCGGCCUCCGAUGGGGAUCCUUCCGAGAUGCUGGCGUCUCAGUUAGCAAGUACUGGUAUCUUGGGCCUCUGAAGACCAAAGUAGCCCACUUUUUCAGCACUCUUAAGGAGUGGCCUCAGACUCAUCAAGCCUCUCUCUCAUACACGGGACCUGCGGAGCGACCUCCCAGUGGAGCAGAAGAGACCCCUCCACGGCCCUCUUUGUACAGGAGAAUAUUACGAAGGCUCGCAUCCUACUGGGUACAGCCGCAGGACGCCCCCCAAGAGGUGAGCCCAGAGGUCUGGAAAGAAGUGCAGCUGUCCACCCUUGAACUGUCCAUCACGACCCGGAACAGUCAGCUUGACCUGGCAAGCAAAGAAGACUUUAUGAAUAUCUGCAUGGAACCCAACACGGUCAGCAAAGGAGACUUCAUAACUAUAGGAAGUAAAAAGGUGAGAGACCCCAAGGUGCGUGCUGACGGCACCGAGUGUCUUCAGGCCAGCCGCUGCACUUUGCUUCUUCCUGAGGGAACAGGCGGCUCCUUCAGCAUCGACAGCGAGGAAUACGAGGCGAUGCCCGUGCAGGUGAAACUGCUCCCCAGGAAACUACAGUUCUUCUGUGACCCUCGGAAGAGGGAGCAGCUGCUGCAAAGCACGGCCCAGUGAGCGGGCUGCAAGUGGGCGCCCGAGACUGCACUUUAGGCUACCCUGGGACCAAAAGGCAACCAAGGCCUCCCCGUCCCUGCAGCGCUGUCAGAGGAUCCCAAGGGCCCGUUCAUGGCAAGUACCCUCCACCCUCCUCUCUAGUGCUUCCCAGCUUUGCAGCCAGCUUCCCAGCAGCGCAUGCUUUGACUCUGCUGUGACAGCCCGUCCCUUCCACAUACUGCUUUUCCUCAGGCUAGUUCCAGGAAAUCCCCACCCUCAGUGGAUGGAGAAGGGCUAGACCUUGUUCGCUCCCCUGAGUGGGAAGCAGGGUCCUGGGCUGAGUGGCUCGUCCUCUCCUGGUGGGCUCUGUGGCCGCCCUGGGAAGUCUAGGGAAGCACCUGCCCUCUGCGGCCUCGUCCCGUUCCCCAGGCUCCUCCACGGGUGCUGCUACUCUGUGAGCUCCAAUUCUUAGCGUCUUUCAGUUCUCUCCUUAAUCAAAAACAUACCUGAGGUGUUUCCCUCUUCAGCCAUGGCUGAAAUACUGUAAAAUACGUUUUUUCCCCUGAAGUAGUGCUUCUUAAAUGUUGGUUUGCAUGAGAACCACCUGGGGUGCAUGUUGAAAACUGACUCACUUGGGGCCCAACCCAAAUCUAAUAACUCAGUCUGGGGCUGGAGCCCAGGAAUCUGCAUUUUUAAAAAGGUGUCCACCUUCCCCAGGUGGUUCUACUACAAGAGGUGUCCCCCAAACUGAACAGGACACAGUCUUGUAAAGCAGCGGUCCACACACUACUCUGCUUAGGUAUUUCCUAAAAGUAUUCUGAAAAAUCAUGUAUCCCCUCAGUUUUAAGUUGACAGCUAAAAUUUUUCAUGGAAGUUAGUUGCCAAAGUAUGUACUUUCUGGUGUCAUGUAAAUAUUGAUAUUUUAAAAUAAAACUGACAUCACUGUCUUAAACAUAUUCAGUGUAAUUGAAAUACAUAACAAUUUAACAGUCAUCCUCCAUUUACAAAAGUAAGUUUUUUGUCAUUGAAAAUGUCGAUUAUCCUUGUAUGGUUAUCUCCAAACCACUUUCAGCAAAUACUAUCAUAAUGUAAUGUUUUUAUGCUUGAAAUUUUCUUUCCAUUGGACCUGUCUUCUUGCCACCAAAAAAUGUAAGUGGAAGUAACUUUUUUUUAGUUCUUCAAGUGUUAACUCAGUACAGAAUAAAUGUUAUAAAUUAUUGAAAUACAAUUGAUGAAUAUUAUAAAUUUUUGAUAAUUAAAAAAUCAACAUUUUAUUAGAA